AUGACAGGUGGAGAAAUAGGUGGCCGUGCUGGUGGAGGUUUCGGUGGUGGGUUUGGAGGUGGUGCUGGUGCAGUGAUGCUAGGUGAUGGUGGUGGAGCUGAAUGUGGAUUGGGAGGAGGUGUUGGUGAGGAUGGUGGAUUUGGAGGUGCUCCUGGUGCCAGUGGUGGAGAAGGAUUUGGCGGAGGUGGUGUGUUUGGUGGUGGAGCUGGCGGGAGGAACAAAACUGCUGAUGGAAUCCAAAAGAAGCUCAAUGACAUGUAUAAAGCUAUGAGGAGAUUUCCGAUGAGCUUUGGAACUCUUGCAAUUUACAUCAUGUAG